AUGGACGACGACUUCGGCUGCGUGAUCGGCGUCGCGGGGAGGGGAGAAUUCGCGGUGGUGGCGUCCGGAACCCCCAUCGUGCACCUCGACGCCCACAGGCUUCUCGCCAUCUCCGGCAGCCACCAGAACCGCGCAAGGUUCGCGAGGACGAUGUGCCGCAGAUGGAAGGGGCUGACCGGGGUGCCGUACCCCGACACCGCCACGGUCGCCUACCUCGCGCGCGAGCUGCUCGACCGCGGCCACUCCGUCGAGGCCCUGGUCGUGGGCUACAACCAGGCCCAGCCCCACGGGGCGGUGAGCUGCCUCGGCCCCGCGCUCCCGCGCGGCCAGUUCCUGUUCGGGGCCGCGGGCCGGGGAGCGGAGGCCUGCAGGGCGGUGCUGCGCCGGGGCUACCGCGACACCAUGUCGUCCAGCGACGUGAUCGAGCUCGUGGAGAGUUGCAUCGCGGAGAUCCGCCGGCUCGGGGUUCCCGGGGCUGCCGGCGAGUUUGCGGUCCAGUAUGUUGACAGAUGGGGAGCGGCGCCCGUGGGAAGGGAGGUCAGGGAGACAAUGACUAUCUAUCGACAGAUGGCACUCGAAGUGUUAAAAUCACAUGGGUUAGCCCUCAACCCCAUUCUCCAUGAAGAUCACAUCGCUUGUGUGUUUGAUCGAGAUUGUCGUCCCGCUCCCUUUUGA